UGUUCAGCGCUGGUCAUGUAUCUGUUGUUAGUUAGUGUUGUGUUGUUAUUGUGGUAUUUGUUGUUUCGAUAUAAAAGACGAAGGCUUUAUCAAUUAGCUGAACUUAUACCCGGGAUUAAAGAUACAUUUCCAUUUUUGGGGCUUUUAAAGAAUUCAUACAAUGCGGUUGAUAAUGCCGUCUCGGAUAUAGAAAAUAUAAGCAGAGAAACUUUUAAAACUGGAGGAAUUCAAAAGAUGUGGGGAGGUCCUUUGUUUUUUAUAGCGUUAACAAAUCCAGCAGACAUUGAAUAUGUUUCGAAAACUUGCUUGGAGAAAGAUCUAUUAAUUAUGAAGAGUGUAAGAGCCUUUACUGGUGAUGGUGGAAUUUUCGCCCCUGUUUCAAUAUGGUCUAGAAAAAGAAAAGUGAUUAUUCCUGCGUUUAGCCCUAAAAUACUCAAUAGUUUUAUGGAUAUAUUUUCGCGAAGAAGUGCGGAUCUAGUUGAUAAACUUAAGGAAUUGAGUGGCACCGGUACAUUCGAUAUUUGGCCUGUAAUCAACAAUUUCACAUUAGCAUCAAUAGCUGAAACAUCAUUGGGUAUAAAAAAUCUAGAUGCAAUGAAUGAUGUAGUUGUAUCAGACUUUCUGAAAUCCGUAGAAGAGAUUUUUAAAGUGGGCUCAACCAGAACAUUAUCCAUAUGGCUGUGGCCAGAUUGGAUCUUCAAAUUAUCCUGGCAAUAUAGACAUUUCACAAAACAUAGUAACAAAAUUAUUAACAUUACAAACAACAUUAUCCAAAAAAAACGCAAUGAUUUAAAACAUGUUGAUUUAAAUGCCUACGAAAAUCAAACAAUUUUUGGGCAAGACGAAAAAGUGGAUUCGUUUCUAGAUCAUCUGAUAUUAUUAUCUCAGCGACAGAAUGGUUUCACAGACAAAGAACUGCGUGAAGAAAUAACUACGUUUCUACUAGCUGCUACAGAUACAUCCGCGGUUGCAAUUUGUAACACGCUUUUAUUGUUAGGAAAAUAUCCAAAAAUUCAGGAAAAAGUUCAUGAAGAAUUAGUACGUGUGUUUGAGAACGAUAAAGAAAAAUCAUUUAAAGAUGUUUUAAAUGAUUUGAAAUAUUUGGAUAUGGUCUUGAAAGAGUCUCUUCGUCUAUAUCCACCUGUACCCAUAAUUAUUCGGAAACCAACUGAAGAAAUUAAACUACCAUCAUCUGGCUACACUAUUCCUGUUCAAACUGGUAUAAUUAUUUUUAUUUGGGGGGCUCAUCGUGAUCCCAAUUACUGGGGGCCUGACGCUGACUGCUUCAAACCGGAGAGAUUUGAAGCUGGAAGUAAAACUGGGCUCUUCAUUCCAUUUAGCACAGGACCAAGAAACUGCAUUGGUUACCAAUAUGCAAUGUUAACAGCGAAAAGUGCUAUUGCUUCAAUUCUACGUCAGUUUAAAGUUGUCACUGAAGAAGAAGAUGGUCCAAUUCCUAAAAUUGAAUGUAAAUUCACUCUGAUGUUAAAAUCUAAGCAUGGUUAUCCUAUUAGAUUAGAACGAAGAUAAUCUACUGUUGGAAAAUUAAUUUAUAUAAAUCUGACUUUUUCUAUAACUGUCUCAAGAAUUAUAAUGUAUUAACAAUGACUUUCUUUACAACGUCAUCUUGUAUUAAGUGUAAGUACUGUUAGCAUUAAAUCAAU